AUGGAGACUGCAGGUAUUGCCUUUGCUGCAAUGUCUUUGUUCUAUGAGCUUGAAAAAUGUGGCAAGAGUCUUCACGGAUUCUCUCGUGACAUGCACAUGCCCAAGAAAGAGGUCAAACUACUGAAGACCGAAGUCAACAACUGCCGUGUGCUGGCCAGCAUUUUCGAAGAAACCAUCAAGCCAGUUCAAGGUCGUGUGAUGCAGAUAGCGAGAGAGAGAGACCUGGAAAGAUCACUUGCAUCUCAAUCCAGGUUGGCGCUGGAGCAGAUUCUAGAGAUCACUCGCAAACUCAGACCACUAAGCCGGCACAAACGUACUGGUUUAGAGAACUUCCAGGCAAAGAUUCGAUGGCAUUUCGCGAAAGGCGACAUCGACGCUCCGAUAGCUGUGUUACAAACCGUCAAAGCCAGCCUCAAUCUCCUGUCCACACUCUCAAUACUCGACUGUGCUGUUGCGUCCGCUACCCGUGACCAAAUCUCGAAUCCCGCAUCAAUAUACCAAGUUUUGCAGAGAAUAAAAGCCUUAGAAAGGCAGGCUCACAGAACGGAUCGUCAGCUUCGAGAAUCCGUGAAAGCGCUUCACGAGCAUCACUAUCUCGACGGGCAUCUAGAUGAUGUACAAGUGAUGACAGGUAUUAUUGAAGAUAUGAGAAAGCCUUCCGUCAAAAAUGCGCGAGAUUUGGUUAAAAGAUUGUCCAACCAACACCCGUUCACACCUGCAGCAAACGUAGCAGUCUCGUCACAGUUAACGUAUCGAGAAAACAUAAGCCCUCGAUAUCCUGUUGGUACAACAGCCCACCGGCCCCCAGGCACUGAACGUAGGACGCGACGAACAACCCGCUCGGGAGAUUCCACACGGGAGGUUCGCCAUGUCUCCCCCAAAAGAAACUCCCCAGUCGCCAGUGAGCGGGCGCUUUGGUAUACAACUCGCGACAACAGUACUUCCUCUUUCCGUCAUAGAGGUGGGAUUCGUGUUUUCGCUGAAUAUGAGGAGUCUGCGUGCAGUGCCUCCAAUGAUGGAAACUACGGCACUCCCCAUACCGUUAGCCCAUCGCGAAUGCCAAAUCACGAUGACAAUGUUACAAAUGAUCACCAUAAGACGGAAAAUCCUGAUUUAUAUUCCAUGAAUGGCAUGAACUACGACCUUUUGGACAGUCCACAUGCACCAUGA